AUGGAGCGGUCAGCCGGCAAGGAGCUCGCGCUGGCGCCGCUGCAGGACUGGGGCGAGGAGACCGAGGACGACGCUGUGUACAGCGUGGCCCUGAGGCGGCAGCGCAGCCAGCGCUCGAGGCCUGGGGAGCAGGCGGGGGACAGCCAGGUCUGGGUCCCUCCCCCCCUGCAGGCCGACGCCUUCCUCCAUUACCGCACCAGCAAGGUGCGGGCGCUGAGGGCGGCGCGGCUGGAGCGGCUGGUGCGCGAGCUGGUGUCCGGAGACCACGAGCAGGACCCCGGCUUCGUGCCCGCCUUCCUGGCCACCCACCGGGCCUUUGUGCCCACAGCCCGCGUGCUGGGCUUUCUGCUGCCGCCGCCGCCACCACCACUGCCGCCAGGGGUGGAAAUCAAGAAGGCAGAGGAACAAAAUCUGAACCUCAACAAGAAUCUGAGGGCCGUGGUGUCUGUGCUGGGUUCCUGGCUUCGGGACCAUCCUCAGGACUUCCGAGACCCCCCUACCCACCGGGACCUGGGCAGUGUCUGUGCCUUUCUGGCCUGGGCAGCCCCAGAGGGUGCUGAGGCCAGGGAGGCAAAGAGGCUGCUGGGAGAUUUCCUGGAGGAGGCUGACCAGGACCUUGAGGAGGAGGCUCGGCCUGACUCGCACACGGGGCCUCUCAGAGGUGCCCAGACCUCAGGCUCAGACUCCCCGGAGGACUGCGUGGAAGAGGAGGAAGGACUUGCACUGGAGGGUCCUGAGAUCCUGGACUUCAGCGUGGACGAGGUCGCUGAGCAGCUGACGCUGAUGGAUGCGGACCUCUUCUCGCGCGUGCGCUCCUGUGAGUGCUUGGGCUCCGUGUGGUCGCAGCGGGACCGGCCAGGGGCCGCGGGCAUCUCCCCGACCGUGCGCGCCACCGUGGCUCAGUUCAACACGGUGACGGGCUGCGUGCUGGGCUCGGUGCUCGCGGCGCCCGGCCUGGCCGCCCCGCAGAGGGCGCAGCGGCUGGAGAAGUGGAUCCGCAUCGCGCAGCGCUGCCGUGAGCUGCGCAACUUCUCCUCGCUGCGCGCCAUCCUGUCCGCCCUGCAGUCCAACCCCAUUUACAGGCUCAAGCGCAGCUGGGGCGCCGUGAGCCGGGAACCACUGUCGACUUUCAGGAAACUGUCACAGAUUUUCUCCGAUGAGAACAACCACCUCAGCAGCAGAGAGAUUCUUUCUCAGGAGGAGGCCAUCGAGGGACCCCAAGAAGAGGAUACUCCUCCAGGAAGCCAGUCUUCAAAGCUGCCCCCGGGUCCUGUCCCCUACCUGGGCACCUUCCUCACGGACCUGGUGAUGCUGGACACAGCCCUGCCGGACAUGCUGGAGGGGGGUCUCAUCAACUUUGAGAAGAGGAGAAAGGAGUGGGAGAUCCUGGGCCGCAUCCAGCAGCUGCAAAGACGCUGUCGGACCUACUGCCUGAGCCCCUGCCUGCCCUUCGUGGCCGCCCUGCGUGCCCAGCGCCAGCUCAGCGAGGAGCAGAGUUACCGCAUUUCUCGAGUCAUCGAGCCGCCAGCUGCCUCCUGCCCCAGCUCCCCACGCAUCCGGCGCCACCUCAGCCUCACCAAGCGUCUCAGUGCGAAGCUGUCCCGAGAGAAAAGCUCAUCCCCUGGUGGGAGCCCCGGGGACCCGCCCUCCCCCACCUCCAGUCUGUCCCCAGGCUCCCCCCCAUCCAGCCCCAGAACCAAGGACCCUCCUGGCAGUCCCCCAGCCUCUCCAGGGAUCCGAGGCCCUAGCACCAAGGUACCAACUAUCCCAGACCUCCCAGGCCCCUGGGUUCCAGCCUUACCUCUGAGCAGCCCUCACAUCCCCCUUGCGGGUCAGCAGGGUUCCGAGGCCCGUGUCGUCCGCGUCAGCAUCGACAAUGACCAUGGGAACCUGUAUCGCAGCAUCUUGCUCACCAGUCAGGACAAGGCCCCCACUGUGGUACAGCGAGCCUUGGAGAAGCACAACGUGGUCCAGCCCUGGGCCCGCGACUACCAGCUCUUCCAGGUCCUUCCUGGGGACAAGGAGCUCCUGAUUCCUGACAAUGCCAACGUCUUCUAUGCAAUGAGGCCGGCUGCCCCUGGAGACUUCGUGCUGCGGAGGAAGAGGGAAGCUCGGCCCCCAACUUCUCUUUCCUGA